AAAUACAUGUGAAUAUGGAUAUUGGAGGUAGUAGUGACCAAGUUUAUAGCGAUAAAAGUUCUAGGCGUACGUGGAGUAAAUUUGAAGAGGAUGCAUUGCUGAAUGUUCUUGAAGAACUUCUGGUGAAAGGCGGUAAUAGAUUUGAUAAUGGAACUGUUAGACCCGGGACAUGGAAGGAGAUAGAAAAGGCAUUGAAUGUCUUGAUUCCCAACAGUGGUAUAAGAGCUAGUCCACACAUUAAGAACAAAUAUCGAAUGUUGAAGAAACAAUAUAGUAUAGUCUUCGACAUGGUCAACACUAGUGGCUUUUCUUGGAACGAUGUAAAAAAAUGUGUGCAGGUUGAUAAUGAUGAGGCUUGGUUGACUUAUACUCAGAAUAUUAAGGAUGCUAAGGGAUGGAGAAACAAACCUUUUCCUAUGUAUGAGAGACUAGCUAAUAUUUUUGGAAAAGAUAGAGCAACCGGAAAAGGAGCAGAAGCACCAGCAGACAUGGUUGAGAAUAUGAACUUAGAAGCUGAAGAAGAGACUGACGAUUUUAGGUCAGUGAAUCAGAAUCUUUCUUUACCUAGAGGUCGAAGAAAGAGAUCUAGAUCAGAUGAUGAUGGUAUGAAGGAGAUUGCUUCAACGUUCAAAACAAUGUUUGAACAUUCAAUCGAGCAAAUGAGGUUGAUGGUGCAAGGGACUACUAAUGAUAAGGAGUUGGCUACAGAGUUGAAAUCGAUGGGACUUUCGGUUGAUGAUCAACUUGAUGUAUUGGCGUUCAUGUUGAAGAAGCCAGAAUAUGUGGCAACCUUCAAGUCAAUAGAUGGAGAAAUUCGAGGGGCUUUUGUGACAAGAGUUCUCAGAGAAGUUAGAUCAAGUCGUUAAUUUGGUUAUGUGAGGAUUGAUUUGGUCGGUUGAACUUUGGUUUUAUUGGUUGAACUUUGAUUUGGUCGGUUGAACUUUGGUUUUAUUGGUUGAACUUUGAUUUGGUCGGUUGAACUUUGACGGUGCUACAAGGUUUAUUUUAGUUAUGUAAACUUUAUUGUUUU